CGCUUUCUUAGUGAAACGAAACGCAAACUGGUAUGAAGUUAGCAACAUUGCCGAAUGCGGCGACAUUUUGUUUAGUGUAAAGGCGCGUCCACACUAUGCCAAUCGGCAUCAUUCGGCUUAUGCCGAUCGACAAAACCGAAUUAGUGUAGACGUGCCGAUCGGCCUUGCCGACUUGCCGAAAGCCGGCCCGAAUCAUGCCGAAUUCAACCCGACUAAAGUCGGUCUCCUUCAAAGAAAACCGAACCGAAUGAAAUCAAAAUCCACAAGUGUGUACAUGCCGGGUGGCUUUAGGGCUUAAGGAAGGUCGCAUGCGUGCAGAUUUAUUUUAUUUCUUUUUAAAAUGUUUAGAGUUGGUGACAGUGCGUUAUUUUUUGCAUUGAGUUCGGAGUUUUAGCUUUUAAUUUAGAAUUAUGACGUGGACUGACGAAGAAACGUUGGCCUUUAUUGAUAUGUAUCGUGUUCGUUCUUCAUUAUGGAACAGUUCAAAUUCCGAUUACAAAAAUAAAAACCGAAGACAUGAUGGUCUCACGGAAAUUGCUGUUUCAUUUGGUAUAGAGAAGCAGGAGGUUGAGCGAAAAAUCAAAAAUUUACAAAGCCAUUUUUCGAGGGAAAGAAAGAAAGAACUCGAAAGCAAGAAAACUGGAAGUGGUACUGACGAAGCGUACGUAAGCAAAUGGUUUGCGUACCAAGCUAUGUUGUUCUUAACCGACAAGAAUAAACCACGAAAAACAGUAGAUAAUAUUGAGGAUUCAGUGGAUUAUGAUGAGGGAGAAAAAGAUUUACAAGAGGAAGACACUAGAAAUGGAGGAGAAGUUCAAGGCCAAGUUUCAACUCAACCAUCAACUUCCCAAGAGAAACAGGCAGCAGCGGAGACCCCUACAUAAAUACUCUGUUUUCUUUGAUGGCUUUAUGGACAACUACUCCCAGCAGCACUCUCAAGCCAUGAGGAUGACUCUACACACUUAACGCUUCUUUCUGGCACAUGAAGAUCUCUACUAUUUUGGAUUAUCUUUUCAAACAUCAUUUUUCUUUUUCUAAUUUUGAAUUAUUUACUUUUCUUUUUGAAUUUGUAAAACUAUUUUUCAGUACUCUUUUUCUACUAACACGUAUGGUUUCUUAAGACAAUUUUAAAAGAAGAAAUCUUUAACCACCUUGUUUUUAGAUUUCAAGGUCUGAUGCCGGACAGUGUUUGUUUAAUAACACAUAAUGUAGUCGUAUUUUGAUGCCUUUUUCCCCAGUGUCAUAAAUAAAUCAAAAGUUUUUUUUCUAUUUUUUUACUUUUCUUACCUUGACGUAAUUUUGAAGAGCUUCGACAAGGACGUCACAAACACAAUAGCUUGCUUGGAUAUCUUCAUAGUGUACAUCAAUGAAUGGUACGAAUCUCCAGUCGCAAUGAAACGCAGUGUCGCUGCAAGGCGUUCACUUGCAGGAAUAGCUUUCCUGAAGGAAGUAGUUUUUUUUUAGGAAUUUUUGGUCCAAUCAUAUUCAAUAAAACCUCAAAAUCAGAAAUUUUCAUUCUGAAAAAGUUGCUGAACCCCACGUCGUUUCUGUACUCAAAAUUUAACUCAUCUACCCAAUCAAGUAGUAAAUCUUUCAUAAAUUCACUAGCUCUAUACUUCUUUCUACCAUUGAGGAUACUGGGGCGAAUCCAAAAUCUCCGAAAGCGAAAGCAACGACGUU